CAACAGUACGCAAUCCGCGUCUGGAUAUGGGCUUGGAUGAAAACCCUCGCUUCCAAAACCUCUCCUUCCCUCGGUCACGUCCCGCCGCCCCCUUCGAUGAAAAACCCUAUCAAAACCCUUCAAUCUCCUCCUUUCAACGCUUAAUCAUCUCGCAUCAUCUGGCAGUCUUCUCCCUUCUUUCGAGAACCAUCAUCCUCUCCGUUCUCAGGGCGCGCACGUUAGCAAGACUGGUUUCCUCGCAACCACAGGUGCGUACGUUAAUUCCUACUCCUCUUCUCUCAUUCUGCCUCUCUGCAAUGUCGUCGUCUUCUUUCGUUUCCGUUCCUCCUCUUUGAGAAGUCGUCUAGGGUUUCUGAAAUGAACUCUCUGCUUCGGAAAAGAACUCUAAAUUCCUUCUCAAAUCCAAAUGUCUCCAUACAAAUCUCUCGUAAACAUGCUUCAAUCUUCCUUUCCAUCGAUUCCUCCCGAAAACCCCACAGUCUAGACAUCAAACCCCCCAAAACAACCCAAAUUUCAAAACCCAGUUUCGAUGAUUGCUUAUAUCCAACACAAUCUAUUGAAUUCCAUGAAAAUCUUCAAAUUCCAUGCAUAAAACCCCGCCAAACAACUCAAAUUUCAAAACCCAGAUUCCGAAAUCGCUCAUAUUCAACACAAUCAAUCGGAAUCUAUGGAAGUCGCCAAAAUGAAUCCAUCAAACCCCACCAAAAAACCCAAAAUUCGAAAUCCAGGUUCCAAAAUCUGUUAUGUUGGACUCAAUCUAGAAAACUCCAUGAAAAACCCCAAAUUCCAUCAACCAAUUUCUCCAAGACAACCCAAAUUUCAAGACCCAUGCUUCAAAAUCGUGUCUUUUCUACCCAAUCAAGUAAAUUCCCUGAAUAUGAAAUGCCGUCCGUCACUUGGGGCGUAAUCCAAGGCCGAAAGGAGAAGCUUGUCUCUCGCGUCAUCAUCUGCGAUUACCUGAAAUCUCUCGGAAUCAUCCCUGAUGAAUUAGAACACCUUGAGCUGCCAUCGACGGUUGAAGUCAUGAAAGAAAGAGUUGAGUUCCUACAAAAAUUAGGCCUGACAAUUGAUGACAUGAAUGAAUACCCCCUAAUGCUAGGCUGCAGUGUCAGGAAGAAUACGAUCCCGGUUCUGGGCUAUUUGGAGAAAAUUGGAAUUCAGAGGUCGAAGCUCGGAGAAUUCAUCAAGAACUACCCUCAGGUCCUCCAUGCGAGCGUUGUCGUUGAGCUCGUCCCUGUUGUGAAAUUCCUCCGUGGUCUAGAUGUCGAGAAACAGGACAUUCCCUAUGUGCUGCAGAAAUACCCAGAGCUAUUUGGGUUCAAGCUCGAGGGCACGAUGAGCACUUCCGUUGCGUAUUUGGUCAGUAUCGGUGUGAGCCCGAGAGAUAUUGGGCCAAUGGUCACACAGUACCCAUACUUCCUGGGCAUGCGGGUGGGGACCACAAUCAAGCCCAUCGUGGAUUACUUGGUUUCAUUGGGAAUCCCGAAGAAGGUCUUGGCUCGAAUGUUGGAGAAGCGGGCAUACAUCCUUGGGUACGAUUUGGAGGAGACGAUGAAAUUGAAUGUGGAUUGUUUGCUUAGUUUUGGUAUUAGACGGGAAUCGAUCGCUUCGGUUGUCACGCAAUACCCACAAAUUCUUGGCCUGCCUUUGAAAGCGAAGCUUUCUUCUCAGCAGUACUUCUUCAACUUGAAGCUUAAGAUUGAUCCAGAAGGUUUCGCUCGGGCGAUAGAGAAGAUGCCUCAGAUUGUUAGCCUUAACCAGAAUGUUAUUUUGAAGCCAGUCGAGUUUCUUCGUGGGCGGGGGAUAUCGGUCGAUGAUGUGGCAAAGAUGAUUGUUAAAUGCCCACAAUUGGUCACUCUUCGAGUUGAGCUCAUGAAGAACAGCUUCUACUUUUUUAAGAGUGAGAUGAAACGGGCGAUGCAAGAGCUGGUGGAGUUUCCAGAAUACUUAACUUAUAGCUUGGAGUCAAGGAUCAAGCCUCGGUAUCAGAGGUUGGCCAGUAAGGGGAUUAGGUGUAGUUUGGCAUGGUUCCUUAACUGCAGUGAUCAGAGGUUUGAAGAGAGGUUACAGGCUGAUUUUAUCGAAAUGGAGAGUGUGGGGCCAUCAUUUUGUAUGGGUGGAAAGUUGGAGAUGCCGGGGAGCGAGCUUGUGUCGGAUGAAGAGGAUGAGAGCGAUAAUGAAGUACUCUAUAGACGGACUGUAUCUCUUUAGCAAGAUGUGUCUAUGGAACUUUCACCUUCCUAAUGAUAUUGGAUUUGAUUGUAGAUGUUUAUGUGUUACUUGCUGCCAAAAUCAAAUUAAAUUAUAGAUGAGGGUUUGGUAA